GGUUUUGAUAGUGAGAUUUGCCUUUGUGAUAUAAAAAGACAACACGAUCGCGCAGCCUAAAGUUUCGUGAAGUUUUCUUGGUAAAGUUCUGAAGGAUUGUUGAAAUAUUUUGGCUUUCGGCAGCGACUGGAAGUCAUGAAGACCUCGUGUCUUAUACUUUUUGGGAGCCUUCUGCUGGCAAGGUCCGCCUUGUCAACAGUGUGCCCCAGUAACUUUGAUGAACGUUUCUCAGAAGAGUUAAAAGAAUCUGACCCCCAGCGCCCUCUAUUCAGGUUGUUGAAGAAUGACGUCAGAGAUGGCUAUGAACCGGGACAGGAGCUCACAUUGUCCCUGCACAGUUUGGUCGCCUCUCGCCCCAUGAAAGGCUUCCUCGUGACAGCCAAAUCCAUUGACGGAAGAUGUGGAAACGGCCAGAUGGUGGCUCAGCGCUCGGCCGGCAAGAUACGUCCUGGGUGCCAAAACGUCAUCGAGUCCGCCAUGAACGAAUGGAAGAACGAAGUGGCGUUCGGUUUCAGGGCGCCCGAAUGUGGCUGCGUCAUGAUUAAAGCUACGGUGAUAGCUGCAAUGCACGACAUCGCCUACGUAGACGCCGCCGGUGUGUUUGAAGGACCUCUUACACUGACACUGUGUCCCUGGCCGGAACCAGCAACCAACCCUCCACCACCUAAGAAACAAGUGGUGAAAAUGGUCCAUCAUGUCGAAUACGAGCCAAAAGAUGUCGUCACCGCUAAAGUCCCCUUCGAUGAAGAGGAAGCACCAAUGAAAACAUCAUUGAUUGAUCUUAUUGACGAAGGCAGUGAUGAGGUUGAUGAAUACGACAUCGAGGAUGAAUUUGAUGACCUUGAUGAGGCACUUUUGGAUGAAGUAGACGACGAUAGCGAUGAGGAUUUGGAUGAUGUAGUUGUUGUUGAUGUUGGUGAGAUUGAUGAAGAAGACGAUGAUGACGAUGAGGUUGACUUUGACGAUGAUGAUUUCAGCGAUUCUAGUGACAUUGACAGCUCAAGUGAAGGAUCCGAAGAAGACUCAUCCGAGUCCGAUGAGUCUGAUUCCAGCGAUUCCAGUGACCUUGACAGCUCAAGUGAGGAAUACGAAAAAGACUUAUCUGAGUCUGAUGAGCUCGAGAGCAGUGAGGAAUCACUGUACCCAGCUAGAAGACGCCCGUGGUCGAGGGUCGUUGGCCGCGGUCGAAUGCCCGGAAGGAAGAUGACCCACAGGGGACAUCUCGGCCGACCCAAAAUACCGAGACGACCAAUUGCCGGGAGAGUUCCACCAAGAUUCAGGCGACCAGGGUUCAACUACAGAGUGCCCCCGAAGUCUCCCGCAGGUGCUCGCGUUAAUGGCCGCUUCAACCACCCUUGGCGUAAAACCGAUGUCUCCCCUCAGAAACCCCAACACGUCAUCAGCCGCUUUGCAGCACAGAAAAAGAAAGUACAGAUCCAGAAAUCGAUCGAUCAAAAGAUGGGCUUCCAAGGCAGGCGAUUCGGGCUGUUGAAGGGAAAGAAGAACCCACUCGGACUCGUCAGGCAUCAUCUAAUGGGCCCACCCAACUUCCUUAUCGACCAACUCUGCCUUACAAUUGAGAAAAUUCUCGACGAGACCAAGGGCGAGGACAGCAUGAACUCACCGCCGUUUCAGAUGCCCCACUUCGGAUGUCCCGACUCGACUGGCCAUGAGAGGCCAACCUUCCGCAAAAGGGGGCCACCCGGCUACGAGGAGGAGCAGGCAAAGAGACGAAUUGAGGAGUUUGAUAACGCUGAGAUUAGGAAGAGAUGGCACGAAACCAAACAGCACACCAAGAGUUGUUGUGGGAAGACUGGUGAAUCCCGUUAUGCCUGUAUCCGCCGUCAGCGUAUGGACGUGGUGUGUGCUCCUGAUUUCCAGGUACCCCUCUGCGCCAAUCCGUCCACCACUCUCGUCCGAUGGAAGAUCGCCGAGGCCAGGGAUACGUGCUGUGGCAUGACAGGAAUUGAACGGUACGACUGCUUCAACCAGACCACCCACCCUGUCGCUGGCCACCCAGUGCUCAAUCAUGGACGUCACGGUAAUGGGAAACAGGUCGAGUUGAAAGAACUCGCGGAACUGUCGAGAGACACCACGCAAGCGCCAACUAAGGAGGCCGAGCUGGCUGAGACAUCGGUGAUACCGAAGGAUGAGAGCGAGAGCGUUGAGGAAUAUGAUAUACAAGCUCCUUCAGCCAGCCCUAUUGAAUCGGUAGAAGACGAUCAAUCGGACUCAGAAGAGGAGGACGGUGACUGGUUGGAAACUGUAAUCGAUAAUGACAGAGACGAACUCGGCAACCACCAAAUAGGAACUUAUAAGCCAAAGCAACAAAAUCCACCUACGGAGGUUGAACUAGAGGUAGAACUAGAAGUAACACCGGACGACACAUCCGACAAGAUCGAAUUGAAGAAAGAUUUCAUUGAUGACAUAGCCAUGCCCGUUUGGAAGCGACGCGGUCUCAUAGACAGGCCCAGCGAACUCAAGGAGGAGGUAGAGGCGAUCUUGGAUCAGGACCUCACUGACGAGGACCUGGACGAUGAGGACUUCCGCUACAGUGAUGAAGACUUGGACGAUGACGACGAGGAACUUGAUGAAGAGAUUGAUGUGAAGACAAGUCAACGACGACCUGGACACCGAAGACCACGGAGACGAAUGGUCCUGAAGAAAUGUUGUUGGGCCGGCAGGAGGGCUUCCCAGAAUUCCACCUCGCACCGAUGGGCGACAUGCGUGGCGAAGAGCAAGGCCAUUGGCAACAGACUGCACGGUCUGGUCCGCAGGAAAUGUAAAGCCGUGUCCAGGAGGUGCUGCAUAAGGACGACGGUUAGGCAGAACAUUUUGAAGAAACAGGCAUCAUCACCUGUGAAAGAAAUCAUUGACACUGUCAAACCAAUCGAACGGGUGGUUGUACAGAACGUUCCAAGUCACGCGAUGGCACUCGUCAGGAAACACUUCAAAACCGCGUGGAAGCCACACAUUCACAAACCACGCAUUGACAUUUUAGACGAACCCAAUGAGGAACUUACGAAAAAUGUUGCAGAAUAAGGAGCGACAUUAUGUGAAUCGGGAACUAGGUGCUAGCGCCGACGAGUCUGCGUUGGCGUACAAGGUGUGGGAAAAGGGAGUGGCACAAUCAAACAAUGAUUUGGUGUGGGUGUGAUAUUCCGUAAAGGUCAUUCGAAAAGAAAACGAUGCGUAGUUUUACAUGUGCAUAUCAAUCAAUUAGAUUAUUGGUAUAUUUUUCGAUAAUUAUAAAUGAUAGGUCAUCAUGUACAAGGGAGAUAGAACAGGCUCACGUGCUUUCUAAAUCUUUUCUACAUGGUGUUCCAGAACGAAAUACCAUACACGACUGCCACUCUUAUUGCCAGGUGAAUUAAGGCGAUUAAGGCGAUCACUAAUGAAAGUAAAACUAGAUUUUAUGCUGACAAAAUUAAAAGGGAAGAAGGAAGACCGGAACAUUUAUCGAUAGCUUCAUUCCGGGACGCCAAUUAGUGUAAGGAAACACCUGCACAAUGUACAAGUUAAACCGAGUGGCCGCCGCGCGCAAUCAGAAAAGGCAUACAUUUUUAUCUAUACAUGGUAGCGGCAUUUCUUCUUGGAAGAGUGUUCAAUUUCUGGUAAUUAAUUGUAAUGAUGGGCAUAAGUCACCAUCUAAUGAACACUUGGUGCCCAGACCUACUCAUCCAAAGGCUUAAACGUGGAAUGGAUUUCUGUCCGACCAUGAAUGAAUAAAAGUCGAGACCUUUGUUAUAUCGCGCGGCGACCAUUAUAGAUGCAACUUCUAUAAAUAAUUUCGUGUUCUCCACCCCGGAGCCGGACAAGUUGUAGAAUUGUAAGAGGAGUUGUGACUCUUCCACUUCUUGCUAUUUUACAUUUUAUUCCACAUAUCAUAAAAAAGGAGAGUUAGAUUACAUUUCUUGAUUCUCGCUCGUUGUACGUUUUAUUGAACCAUUUACAUUAUUUUGUACAUAUCAUGAAAGUGCUGAUCAAUAAAAAUACUUACUAUAACAUAGACAA